GGCUUGGUCGGCAAACAGAGAAAGAUGUGUCGGCACUAUCCAGACGUAAUGGUGUGGCUCAGAGAGGGAGCAAGAUUAGGAGUUGAGGAAUGCCAAUACCAAUUCCAGGAUCAUAGAUGGAACUGUAGCACGCUUCAUCGUGAUGCAUCUGUCUUUGGAAAAAGUAUGUUAAAAGGUACCCGUGAAGCUGCUUUUGUGUAUUCGAUUUCAUCUGCUGGUGUGGUGUAUUCGAUUACUAGUGCUUGCAGUAAAGGUGAAUUGUUACAUUGUGCGUGUGAUCCGACAAAACGCGGUACAAGUAAAGACUCGAAAGGCGAGUUUGAUUGGGGUGGAUGCUCUGAUAGUGUGCGAUUUGGUAGCAGAUUUUCCAGGAUGUUUGUUGAUGCCAAAGAAAAGAGAGUCAGUGAUGCUAGAGCGUUGAUGAAUCUCCAUAAUAACAGAGCUGGAAGACGGGCUGUCAGACGAUUCAGAAAACUGAUGUGCAAAUGUCAUGGAAUUAGUGGCUCAUGUACUCUUAGAACAUGUUGGUUAGCCAUGGAAGAUUUCAGACGAGUAGGAGAUUUUCUUAAAAGAAAAUAUAAUGGUGCCACUCAGAUAAUGAUGAACCAGGCCGGUACAGGAUUAAUAGUUGCCAAUAAAAACCACAAACAUCCAACUAGAUCUGAUUUGGUUUAUUUUGAAUCCUCUCCUGAUUAUUGUAUCAAAGAUGAAGAGAGUGGAUCACUAGGUACAGAAGGAAGAGAGUGUAUUAAAGGGUCCCUGGGGACGGGCGGCUGUGAUAUUAUGUGUUGUGGGAGAGGAUAUGACACUAAAACUAUUGUCAAACAAGAACAGUGUGAAUGUAAAUUUCAUUGGUGUUGUCUAGUGAAAUGUAAAGAGUGUUCUAAAACUAUGGAUGUUCAAACUUGUAAAGGACCUAUUUCAUCAUCUGCAUCAUCAUUGUUAUCGUCAUCAUCAUUAUCAUCAUUACAAACAGUUCAAAGAGUGUUAAAUAAACCGUGA